GUGGAGAAUUAAUGCAGUAGAGCUUAAAAAGUUUAAGUGCUGACUGUUAAGUACUUAGAUCAACACCUGCUAAGUUCGGUGAACAGAUGGUACGUAUAUUUUGGUAUAUACCUACAAAUGACAGGAAGAACUGCGAGAUCCAUGACAACAACUCUUUCAAGCAGUUCGGAUAACAAGAGAUAACCUUGGAAGAUGCGAUCAUUCGCGAUCACCGCAAUUUUUGCAGUAAUCUCGACUGUUGUCAUCGCCACAGCCCCCCCGCCUAGUGAAACAGCACUUCUGGGAGAGCUGCCACCUUGCGGACUUGCUUGCCUUGAACAAGAGAUCCCCAAGUCGAAUUGCACGGCGACAGAUUUGCCAUGCAUCUGUACGAACAAGGAGCUGAACGGACUGAUUGCUCUUUGCGUUUCACAAUCCUGUACAAUUCGAGAAUCACUCACGACCAAAAAUGUGACUUCCACUCUCUGUGGCGCGCCAGUAAGGGACCGUACUUCCAUUGUCUCAAAUGCUGGGAUUAUUGGAGGCGUUGUCGCGGUCUUCUUUUACAUUCUACGAAUGCUGUCUCGUGUACCACAGUUUGGAGGAGGUACAUUGGGUUUGGAUGAUGCGGUUAUGACUCUGGUCGUUGCACUGGCAAUUGCGCUGGCAGCAUUGUCCGAUGUUUUGGCCAAGCAUGGCCUUGGAAAGGAUAUGUGGACAGUUCCAUUUGAUGACAUUACAUACAUUCUCUACAUCUACUAUUUCGACGAGGAUAUCUACCUCAGCAUCUUACCGCUCACCAAAAUAUCAAUCCUGCUGUUCUAUCUUCGAGUCUUUCCACAAAGAUACUUCCGAAAUGCGGCAUAUGUCGCUAUUGCGUUGAAUGUGGGUUACUGGAUUGCCUUCGUGCUCGUCUCUGUCUUUCAAUGUCGUCCCAUCAACGCUGCAUGGCUCCGAUGGGAUGGCGAACAUCCGGCGAAAUGCCAGAAUAUCAACGCUCAAGGAUGGACGUCAGCCGUGCUCAACAUGGCUCUUGACAUUCUUACUAUGGUUUUGCCUUUGCAUGAAUUGAGAAAACUCACCAUGUCGAUGCGAAAGAAGAUUCUAGUGAUGAUUAUGUUUAGUCUGGGUAUUUUCGUGACCCUUGUCAGUAUACUACGGUUGCACACUUUGGUCGAAUUUUCCAAUACGUCGAACCUCACAUGGGACUACGUGGAGCUGGGUUACUGGAGCACAAUCGAAGUCGACGUCGGUAUAAUAUGUGCCUGUCUACCCGCCAUACGAAAACUUCUUUGGAAAAUCUUCCCAAAUACAUUGGGCAGCGCUGUUCGUCGUGGUGCAAAAACUCCGAAUUACUACGAACAGCGAUCUGGUCACUCUGGCGGUAUGAUUAGGGAGAAUCGACGUGCCACUCUGGAAGAUGGCGAUGCUUUCCCGCUUGUCGAGGUGACUACUCUUGUGGAAGUGACUUCUCAUACAGAGUUGCCAAAGGUCUGAAGAGCUGGAUAAUUUUUUUUCCCUAUGUUUCCUUUUUUUGCUUGGCCUCCCAAAAGCGUUGAUAUGCCAAUCUAUUACAUUACAUUUGUACCAUCAUUCCAUUUAUU